GGCGGAGCAGGCCGGCGCGGGGCGGCACCCGGAUUGCGGCCUGCGUGGCCGGAGAAGGUUGAGGAGGUCGCUGAGAAGGGCAAGAGGUCCGCCCGCGCGCGGCACUGAGGACCCUGCGGACCCCGCGCCCUUAUUGCAGGGCUGGGGUCAGGCUUUCCAACCGGGAGAAACGAUGACCUGCCGUACCGGAGCAGUGUUCUCUCGAAGGCCAUCAGUUGCCUUGUCUCCGUGCGAUUUAGAGAUUUCAGUGACUGGAUUGAUUAUUUGGGGGACUGCAGCUCCUAAAGAGAAAUACCCCCGCCACACUUGGGGUGGGGGUGGGAGCAUCCGAGUCUUCACCCCCUCUUGCAUCGAAACUAGGAAAAAUAACCAAGAAUGGCUGUGGAAGAACUUCAAUCCAUAAUAAGGAGAUGUCAAAUCCUAGAAGAGCAAAAUUUUAAAGAAGAAGAUUUUGGUCUGUUUCAGUUAGCAGGCCAAAGGUGUAUAGAUGAGGGAUAUACAGAUCAACUGUUAGAAAUUAUUCAAAAUGAAAAGAACAAGGCCAUCAUUAAGAAUAUGGGCUGGAAUCUUGUUGGUCCUGUUGUUCGAUGUCUUUUGUGGAAUAAUAAGGAAGAUGAUAAAAGAAAAGAUUAUUUUCUGAUGCUUAAUUUAUUGGUAAAGAUGGGGAGAGUGGCAGCUCUACAGUUAUGUAAUCCAAAGGAAUUAUUGUUGGGUUUGCUUGAACUGAUUGAAGAACCCUCUGGAAAGCAGAUAUCCCAAAUUAUUCUUCUUUUACUUCAGCCAUUACAGACAGUGAUUCAGAAACUUCAUAACAACAAGGCAUAUUCAGCUGGAUUAGCAUUGUCUACCCUUUGGAAUCAGCUGUCUCUUCUUCCUGUUCCAUACUCAAACGAACAAAUACAAACAGAUGACUACGGCCUUUGUCAGUGCUGUAAGGCCUUAAUAGAGUUCACUAAACCUUUUGUGGAAGAAGUCAUUGAUGACAAAGAAAACUCACUGCAAAAUGAAAAGUUAAAGGAUGAAUUACUGAAAUUUUGUUUCAAAAGCUUGAAAUACCCUUUGCUGACAGCACAAUUCCUCGAACAGCCUGAAGAAGCUGAAAAUGAUCCUUUAAGGUGUUUUGCAUCUGAAAUCAUAGGUUUUUUGUCAGCAAUGGGAGACCCUUUCCCCAAAAUGAUUUUUAAUCAUGGAAGGAAAAAGAGAACUUGGAAUUAUCUUGAAUUUGAGGAAGAAGAAAACAAACAAUUAGCAGACGCUAUGGCUUCUCUGGCAUAUCUAGUAUUUGUACUGGGCAUGGGUAUUGAUCAGCUUCCACUGGUGUUCAGCCCAUCGUACCUCUUGCAACUUAAUAUGGGGCAUGUUGAAGUCUUUUUGCAAAGAACAGAAGAGUCUGUUUUCUCCAAAGGAUUGAAUCUAUUGGAGAAUGGUUUAUUGAGAAUGGAAGACAACAGUCUACUUCAUCAGUAUUUAGAAAUCAAGAGUUUUCUUACUGUACCUCAGGGUUUAGUGAAAGUAAUGACACUUUGCCCCAUUGAGACGUUGAGGAAAAAGAGUUUAGCUGUGCUUCAGCUAUAUAUUAACAAGUUGGAUUCACAAGGCAAAUAUACAUUGUUUAGGUGCUUAUUGAAUACAAGUAAUCAUUCAGGUGUGGAAGCUUUUAUUAUUCAAAAUAUCAAAAAUCAAAUUGAUGUAUCAUUGAAGAGAACACCUAACAACAAAUGGUUUACAGGACCACAGCUGAUUUCCCUUCUAGAUUUGGUACUCUUUCUCCCAGAGGGUGCUGAAACAGAUUUACUGCAAAACUCAGAUAGGAUCAUGGCAUCAUUAAAUUUAUUGAGGUAUUUGGUUAUCAAAGAUAAUGAAAAUGACUGUCAUACUGGAUUAUGGACAGAACUUGGAAAGAUUGAGAAUAAUUUUUUAAAGCCACUCCAUACAGGACUUAAUAUGUCAAAAGCACACUAUGAAGCAGAAAUUAAAAAUAGCCAAGAAAAUAGCCAAGAAGUCCAGAAGUGUAAAGAUCUUUGCUCUGUAACAGUAGGUGGAGAGGAGAUCCCUAACAUGCCUCCUGAAAUGCAGCUUAAGGUACUACAUUCAGCUCUUUUUACAUUUGAUUUGAUUGAAAGUGUGCUGGCUCGAGUAGAAGAACUCAUUGAGAUAAAAACAAAGUCUACCUGUGAAGAAAAUAUUGGGAUAAAGUGAAGGUUCUACCUUCUAAAUAAAAACUAGUAAAAUAUUUUCCAUUAUGACUUACUUAAUACCUUUAUAAAACAUUGUCUAUAAAACAUUCCUGCUAGAAAAAUAAAUACAGCUUUUCUCAUU